UACUACUCUUGCUACUUUAAUACUAGUACUACGUUGUGUCUGCGUGCCGCCUUGUUUCAGCGAGUCGGCACUCUCUGUAUUAAAACUCUUCGCUCGCACGCUAUAUCCUGAUAAAGAGUACUCGCAUGUUUGUUGGGUAUUAACAAACUCGGCCUCGGGUGGUAUAGCCGGCCUGGCAAACAUAGUCUAGAUUCUAUGUAAGUCCCACGAACUGUGUUCUACGUUACAUAUAAAGGCAACAUGGCAUCGAAUCGUCGAAUAGAUAACAUUUUAGGGCAUUUGUCCACUCCGCCAGACCAAAAUAAAGAUGGAACGUGUAUACAUAGUCAGGUAAAUAAACUAGAGAAGAAAAACUGCAGUGAGCUGUCUGAUAAUAUGGGGAAGGAAUCUGGAGUGAACGGACGCGGACCUCGUAUUCCUAAAAGAAGGCAAGACCUGCUCAAGUGGAAUGGAUGGGGAUUCAGAGACUGCAAGUUUGUUUUGGAUCCUGUCAAGGAACUUGUAUCUUUUGAGGGGGACAGGUACCAGCUUAGAGGACCAUUACCAUAUUUCAAUACAUGGCUGGAAACCAUUGAAGGAGUUAACCUACACGCAAACCGUGAAGCACAGCCUGAUAUCCAAGCAGAUAAGAUCCCUAAACCAAUUAUAAAUGAUGGAUUCCUAGAAGACAUUAAGAGAAGUGGUAUCUCACUCACACUAGAUCCACAUGAUAGACUCUUCAGGGCUCAUGGUCACACACUUCAUGAUUUGUUCACACUAAGGGAAGGUAUCUUUGAAAGAAUUCCAGAUAUUGUCAUAUGGCCAGACUGCCAUGAUGAAGUAGUAAGGAUAGUCAACAUGUGUGUCAAGCACAAUGUUUGUAUCAUUCCUUAUGGAGGAGGAACGAAUGUGACAAGAGCAGUAGAGUGUCCAGCUAAUGAGAGUAGAAUGAUUGUUUCACUGGAUACAUCACAGAUGAAUCGAAUCUUAUGGGUGGAUGACAAGAACCUGACAGCUAAUAUAGAAGCUGGUAUCUUUGGUGUUGAUCUAGAAGAAAAGUUAUCGAAGUAUGGUUUAUGUAGUGGUCAUGAGCCUGAUUCAUGUGAGUUCAGCUCUCUAGGAGGCUGGGUUGCUACAAGGGCUUCUGGAAUGAAGAAGAAUGUAUAUGGAAACAUUGAGGACAUAGUUGUCCAUAUAAGGAUGGUAACACCCCAAGGUGUCAUAGAAAAGAACUGCCAGGUUCCUCGUAUGUCAACUGGUCCUGAUCUUCAUCAUAUCAUUCUUGGAUCAGAAGGUACAUUGGGUGUGGUGACGGAGGUGACGUUGAGAGUGCGCCCUCUACCUCCCUGUAGGAAAUAUGGAUCAGUAGUCUUCCCUAACUUUGAGCAAGGUGUGCAUUUUGUGAGGGAAGUGGCAAGGCAGAGAUGUGCACCAGCUUCCAUUCGUCUGAUGGACAAUGUUCAGUUCAGAUUUGGUAUGUCCCUCAAGCCCCCAUCAGAAUCCAUCUGGACAUCACUAGUCGACAGCCUCAAGAAAGUCUAUGUCACAAAGUUAAAAGGCUUUAAUCCAGAGACAAUGGUGGUGACCACUCUUCUGUUUGAAGGAACCAAAGAGGAAGUUGCAGCUCAAGAGAAGAGGGUGUAUUCUGUUGCAACAAGAUUUGGAGGUUUGGCAAGUGGUGAAGACAACGGCCAAAGGGGAUAUAUGAUGACAUUUGCAAUUGCUUAUAUCAGAGAUUUUGCCAUGGAUCAUUACAUCAUUGCUGAGUCAUUUGAAACGACAGUUCCAUGGGACAGGGUUCUUGAUGUAUGCCGGAAUGUAAAAGAGCGUAUUACAAAGGAGUGUGCAGCAAACGGUGUUCCAUAUGCUCCCAUCAUAAUGAGCAGAGUCACCCAGACGUAUGAUGCUGGAGCGUGCAUCUAUUUCUACUUUGCCUACAUGUACAAGGGCAUCCCCAAUCCAGUGGAAGUCUAUGAAAAAAUUGAGACUGCAGCACGAGAUGAGAUUAUAUCUAAUGGAGGAAGCCUGUCACAUCAUCAUGGAAUUGGUAAGCACAGGAAGCCCUUCAUGAAGGGUACAGUAUCAGACGUUGGAAUGAUGGCCUUACGAGCCGUCAAAGACAGACUGGACCCCGACAACAUUUUUGGCAAUCAGAACCUCAUGUAAAGCUGCUGCUCUGUAAAUCUUACAUAGUCAUGUUUUUCCUACAGUGCAGUGCAAAUUCAUAAAACAAACAGUGUUUUCACCGCCAGUUACUCUAGAAUCUCUAACUCUGAAAUCAUUUCUAAUAGUGAUUUGAUGAUGAUGUCAUAUUUCUAUUGUGAACAUUCAAAAGUGUAGAUGUUUCAUUGAUAUAUCCCACAGUCAUGAGAAAACCUGGAAAGUCAUGGAAAGAUGAAAUUCUUCUGGAGAACCAUGUGUGUGUGGGGGGAGGGGGGAGGGGGGAGGGGAGUCAUGGAAAUGGAUAAUGGAUGUAGGAGGUCGUGUGUGACUAUGGCAGCCUUUUUAGUUUGAACUGAACUUUAGUUUACAAUGAAUUACAAAUGACUUAUUUCAUCAAUGUGUAUAUUAGUAACAAAAAAUCUUAUUUCUUUUUAACAUCUAAAUUGCCUUGGCAGUUACCGGUAAAUAAAAUGAUGGACAUUUUAUUUAUAACAUUCCUUUCACUUUUUUGGUAAUGAGGGAUAGAAAUAAAUUCUUUCUCUCCAUGUAGUAUUCAAAAUGUGUUAAGAAUAUGAAGUUUUUGUUUUAAUUUCUACAAGAGCAUUUGCUUGCAUGUAAAGGUCUUUUAACUAAAAUAUAUCUGCUCAUAUUGUCAAUUUCAUGUAAUGAUAAUUGUCAUUUCUCAAAUAUUUCACAUAUAUGGUGUGUAGUGGUAUAUAUUCACAAAUUUGUGAGUCACAUGUUUUUUUAAGCAAGGAAAAAUUUUCAUUGUAAGUUUUGUGAAUAUUUGUAAAAUCUAUAGUUUUGUUGUAGACAUAUUUGUAAACGGUUGUCUCAACCUAUUUCUUCCAUCUUCAUUAGGGGUUGAAUUGUAUUUGGUGAGGAGCUGCUUAAACAUUGAGAUUGUCUUAGAAUUGGUAUGCUGGUUAAGUGUAUGAUGAAAGACCCUUGACUCCAGCCUGUGAUGGGAGAGGAUCAGUAGUUUGCCUAACAGCUGCAGUUGUAAGAGUGGAAUCUCCUCACUUAUGGGUAAGAGGCCCACCAGAAAGAAAAUUUGGCUUCAUUAGCUGUUGACCAGGGGAGUCCAAGGAUCAUUUUACAUGUAUGUUGCUGGUGCUUGUCUACUUUUUUAUUUACGGUAGACUGUUUGGAUAUGGCAACAUCUACCCCAUACAGUAACCUCCUGAGGCAGUAGGUUUUCCUUAGAAUAGCAACUGUUAUUGGAGACAGCCCUUGACAGUAAGCUCCAGCUAAGGCCUGGAGAUUUGGCCUUAGUGAUCCGGAGCAUGGUUUAAGAUCUACUGGAUUAUUAGCAAUUAAUGCCACAUCAUCAGCAGGGACAAGAACGCCACAGUAUCUGUUGUUAGAUGAAGCCCCUGCAUUUUCUCUUUUGAGCUCUUUAAUCAGGCCGUCAAUGAUUACCAGGUAGAGGCAGGGUGAGAUGAUGCUGCCUUGAUUUUGGCUUUUACAAAAACAGGAAAAUGGUGUUUCUAAUGUGAUUUUGUGUUCCUGUUCAGUCAAUACAAUGAACAAAAAUAAGAAAGUCCUCAAGUUGGUAGCCUGGAUUUCAGACUAGAUGAGUUUGCUCACUCAUUACGGUAAAUAACUCUAAUUGGUCUGGAAUGUAAAGACUACAUGUCGUUUGGGUCGCAGUGAUCAUUAGAUGGAAGAUACAUGUAGUUUACAUACUUUUUAAUGGGAAAGAUUGAAUUUUUAAAGGGAGCGAAGUUCAUUCUGUCUGGAAGCAAAGCUUGUUUGAUGCUGCAAAGCUUAAUGAUUUAUCACAUUGUUUUUACCCAUCUGAAGGAAUUUUGAUCAAACUCCACUCGAUCUUGCAUGGG